CUAAACUUCUUUAAAUCCUCCAUUUGCAUUUUGAACUCAGCUACUUGUUCACACAAAUAGAGAGAAAUACUCCUUGAAUUUAUUGAUAUUUUCGAAGUACAAAUUGCAGUCUUAGAGAUCUUACAUUUUUUUUUCAGAUGGGUUCAUUGGAAAUUGUGGAUUCCGGCAGGUUUUCCGGCCAGAGGUCCAACUUUUCCCAGAAAUGUAGUUUGUUGAGUCAGUACUUGAAAGAGAAGGGUAGCUUUGGAGAUCUUACUCUUGGACUCGCUAACAAUUUUGAACCAAAAGGAGCUCCAGCAGCAACUAGGACCAUGGAUUUCUUCCCAGUUAUGGAGAAAUUCAGGGCCUCGACCCAUAAGUUAUCUGCUACAGAACUCAACACGCCCGCUAUCCCCCAGAAGAAGACCCAUCUCGGUGGGACAAAAUCUGAGCCAGAUGCUGCACAAAUGACCAUAUUCUACGGCGGCCAAGUCAUAGUUCUCAACGAUUUUCCGGCUGAAAAGGCAAAGGAGAUUAUGCUUUUGGCCAGCAAGUCAAGUGCAGAAAACCACCCCACCGCCGCUGCCUUUGCUCCGCCGAGAAUGGUCCAAAGUCCUGCUGAAUCCGCCACCAAUAUCCCAGUUGCUGCCCCUGUUUCAAAGGCAGUUCCCAGUUUGAUCCACAACCCUCCUCAGCCCUCCCUUGCCUCUGAUUUACCAAUUGCUAGGAAAAAUUCACUGGCCCGAUUCCUGGAGAAGAGAAAAGAUAGGAUCACAUCGAAAGCACCAUACCAAGCAAUGGCACCUCCAAAGGCAGUUAAAACUGAAGAAUGGCUGGGAUUGGCUCCUCAAUAUCCAACUUCAAAUUGAGUUUUAAUUAAUUAUAAUUUGUAUUUUGGGUCUAUUAAUUAUUCUAUAUUAUUUUACUUGUCUUGAUUGACUUUGAUUAAAAGCCAACUUGGUUUCAUUAUUACUUCGUCGAGUAAAUUUCUAACUAAUUAAUCCGUGUAAGUAUUUAAGAAUAGAGAGAAUAUUUCCUUUUCAGCCUAUAUCUUUAGAAUAUAUUCUUUUUAUCUCUA